AUGGCUAGCUGUACUGGAAAAGUUAAUUUUUCAUCAAGUGGAAAGGAGAAGGGUAUAGGUUUAGAAUCAGUUUUGGAAAAUGCAUUUGAUGAAUUAAUCUCAGAAUUUAAAAAGAAGUUUCUACACAAAAUAAUAAAAGUAUUAGAAGAGGCAAAAUAUAAUGAGAAUUUAGAUAUUAUGAAUGAAAGGAGGAAGAAUUUUUUUUUGAAGAAAUAUGAAAAUGAUCAAAGGGAAGAUGAAGAUGAAUAUGAAAAUAAAAUUGGAAAUGUAGUUGAAAAAAAAAUUGAAGGUAAUGUUGAAGGUAAUGUUGAAGGUAAUGUUGAAAGGGAAGAUAUAAUGAUAGAAGAAGAGAAAAAAAAAAAAAAAAAAAAAAUGGAUUCUAGUUCAUCAUCUAAUGAUAGUACAUUUGGUGUGUAUUUAAAAAGUAUUAUAGAUAGAAAUAAAAUAAGUUUAUUGAAAAAAUUAGAAAAACAAAAAGAAUUAAAAAGUGUCGAAGAAAAUAAUAAAAUAAAUUAUUAUAAUAAUAAAUAUAAAAAUGGAAUUAUACAUUAUGAUGAAAAUAAAGAAUAUCAUAAUAAUUUAAAUGAUAAACAUGUAUAUAAUAAAAAUGAAGAAUCUAUGAAUGAGCGAACUAAAUUAGUUAAGUAUACAUUUCAUGAUAAAAAUAAAAAUAAAAAUGAUAUGUACUUAUAUCCUCAGGAAUCCCAUUUUAAAUAUGUUAGUGAAAGAAUAGAAAAUCUAUAUAAAAUAAGCAAUAAAUUAAGAGAGGAAAAGGAAACAUAUCAUAAUCUAAAAUAUGAUAAAGAUAAUGAAAAUCAACAUUUUAAAGAAAAUCAUACAGAAGAUGAAACAGAUCAUGAACAGAAUUAUGAAAAAUAUAAUGUUAAAUUAAAAAAUUAUGUGCAAAAUCAUAAUACUCAACAAAUGGACAAGUAUCAAAUUAAUGAAAAAAAUAAUAUCAGCAAAUUAAAACAAUACAACAACAACAACGACAACAAUAAUAAUAAUAACAACAACAACAACAACAAUAAUAAUAACAACAACAACAACAACAAUAAUAAUAACAACAACAACAACAACAAUAAUAAUAAUAAUAAUAAUAAUUUAAAGGGUAAUAUGGAAAAAAAUAUUAUAAAUAAUCAUCAGAAAAAUUAUAUAUCUUAUUAUAAUAACAGUUUUAAAUAUCCUUCAAGAUCUCAUAUAUUUACAGAAAGAUUUAGUUAUCAUGCUUCUGAUGAACAUAAUGAAAAGAGUGAUCAUAUUUAUGAUAUGUCACCUAAUAAAGAUAAAAAUUGUAAUAAUAUUUAUGGUAUAUUACAUAACAAAGAUAAACAUUGUAAUAAUAAUUAUGAUAUGUCAUCCAAUAAAGAUAAACAUUGUAAUAAUAUUUAUGAUAUGUCACCUAAAAAGGAUAAACAUUGUAAUAAUAUUUAUGGUAUAUUACAUAACAAAGAUAAACAUUGUAAUAAUAUUUAUGGUAUGUCACCUAAAAAAGAUAAACAUUGUAAUAAUAUUUAUGGUAUAUUACAUAACAAAGAUAAACAUUGUAAUAAUAUUUAUGAUAUGUCACCUAAAAAAGAUAAACAUUGUAAUAAUAUUUAUGAGAUGUCACCUAAAAAAGAUAAACAUUGUAAUAAUAUUUAUGAGAUGUCACCUAAAAAAGAUAAACAUUGUAAUAAUAUUUAUGAUAAUAGUCACCUUUCAUCCAGAGGCGCAAAUAAAUUACCACCAAGCAAUAAUAUUAUACAUGAAGAAAAAAAACAAAUAAUAAAUGAGAAUAUAAAUAUAGAAAGUCCACAGAAAAUUAACGAUUUAUGUAAUGAAAAAAAUAAUAAUUUGGAAUGUAAAAAAGAAAAAAUUAAAUUAGAAAAACAAUUUUCUUUUGAUUCAAAAGAUAGUGAUGACAACUAUGUAAGGGGGAAAAAUAAUAUGUACGAGCAGGACGAUUUAAAAAAUAAUAUGUCACAAAGAUAUUAUAAAAAAGUAGAAGACUUCAAAUCAUAUCAACUGAAUAAAAAAAUUUCAAACGAAAAGGAAAUCAUUAAAAGGCCAAAUAAUAACUUGUUUUUUGAAGUUAUAAGAGGAAAGAAAAGAAAAAAUAUGCAAGGAUUUGAAUGUAAAGAUUGUAAAUCGUUUUAUAAUGAAAUAUAUUCAGAUGAUGAUGAAGGGAAAUGUGUGCACAAGAAUUUUUUUAUGAAAAAUGAACAACAAUUAAAAAAAAAAAUAAACAUUAAUAAAGAUGUACGUAGUAAAAAUAGUUCAACGGAUGAUAUUAAUAGUGUAGAUAAAAUGAAUAAUGUAGAUAAAAUGAAUAAUGCGAAUAAUAUAAAUAAUGCGGACAACAUAAAUAAUGCGGAUAACAUAAAUAAUGCGGAUAACAUAAAUAAUGAGGAUAAUAUAAACAAUAUGGAUAAUUUAAAUAAUGCGGAUAAUUUAAAUAAUGCGGAUAAUUUAAAUAAUGCGGAUAAUUAUCCAUUAAAUAAAAAAGUUCAUAUGAAUAAUUCUAAGAAAAGUAUAUAUUAUUCACAUUCCUUAUCCCCAACAUGCUUGAAUGCUCACACAGAUACUGAGAAAGCAUCUAUGAACGAAAAAAAAAAUGGUAAUAUGUUAAACAUGGAUAAUAUAAAAAAGGAAAACGAUUUAGAAAAAGAAAAAGAAAAAAAAAAAAAAAAAAUUAUACAAACUUUUUCACGACAUAGAUAUCAUAAUAAAAUUAAUGACUCUCCAAAAAAUUUCUGGAAAUUUGAUUUCUUUAAAUAA